AUGAGCUUAGAUUCAAUCUCUUCAAGUUCUUCAAGCUCUUCCUCCUCAAGUAUAACUGAUAAAAUUUAUGAUCACAUGGUCAUGAAUUUUAUAAAUGAGAGUCAACGUUUAGUUGCGAUGCAAAAUUCAGUGCUUAAUUCAUUACAACCUGAAAAGCAAAAACGUCCGAGAGAACGAAGGGUAACUGUGCCUAGAAAUCGUGAAGCGGCUCACGACAAUCUAGUUGCAGAUUACUUUAGUAAUCAACCGGUAUACAAUGAUACAGUAUUUCGAAGGAGGUUUUGUAUGAGGAGACCCCUGUUCCUUCGCAUUGUGGACACAUUAAGUGCAAGUAAUCGCUAUUUCCAACAACGUCCCGAUGCUACCAUGCGUCUUGGUGCUUCACCCCUUCAAAAAUGCACCGCGGCUAUACGUAUGUUAGCUUAUGGUUGUUCAGCUGAUCAAGUAGAUGAAUAUCUAAAGCUUGGUGAAAGUACUGCUAGAGAAUGUCUUUCACAAUUUGUCGAUGGAGUUAUUGCUCAGUUUGCAAUUGAGUACCUCCGCAAGCCAACAAUGGAAGAUAUCCAGCGUCUUCUAAGAGAAGGGGAGGACAGAAACUUCCCCGGCAUGAUUGCAUGCAUUGGGACUCCUGGGUCGUGCAACGAUAUUAAUUUACUACAACGUUCUCCUGUGUUUGAUGAUAUAAUAAAUAAUCGUGCUCCACAAGUUCUGUUCGGAGUUAAUGGAAACACUUACACAAAAGGAUACUAUCUCACCGAUGGGAUUUAUCCAAAGUGGUCGACAUUUAUAGAUGCGGUUACUGCCCCUCAAACAGCUAAGGAUAUGUUAUUUACUGAAGGUCAAGAGAGUGCGAGAAAGGAUGUUGAGCGUGCUUUUGGUGUGUUACAAGCUCGUUUCGCAAUAAUCAGGAAGCCUGCUUUGGCAUGGAGUGUAGAUCUGUUGUGGAAAAUUAUGAUGACUUGCAUCAUUAUCCACAACAUGAUUGUUGAAGACGAGCGUGAUACAUAUUUAAAUUAUAAGGAUCCACUCGAGUUUGCCGAUGAACAGCCUGAGAAUAUGCCGGGGUCGUCCUCAACUAGGAAUGCAACAACACUCACCGUAACUCCCGGACAGUAUGAUCCAGAUAAUUUCGGUAGAUUGAUAGCUUCGAGAGGGGAAAUUCGUGAUAGAGACGUCCAUAUGGCUUUGAAGAACGACUUGAUCGAGCAUUUAAGGGCACAGUCUAUGAGGGAAAGGAUGAGUAAAAGGAUGGAAAUAGUGGGAAGUGAUGUGGAGGAAAGAGAAAGUGAUGUGUCAAGUGUAGGAAAGGAGAGAGAAACUGGGAAAGGAUAUAAGUAUCCCCAACACUAA